UGAAAGCGUAGCGCAUGAAAAUCAUUUCCAACUUAUGUUGUUUACGAGAAAUAUUUUUUAUACAAAUUUAUGCUGUUAGAAAUUUUGUAAAGAAGAAAUCAUAUCGCGGAACAAAAAUGUCGGAAAUGCGUAUACGACCGCGUCAAGUGUUAAUUUUAAUCAUCGUCUUCCUGGUCGUUUUACUAAUGGUUCAUCGCAAUUGCAAAUCCACCUACGUUACAGGACCCGAAUAUUUGCAAGCUAUGUACGCAAAGCAGCAAAAUGAAGAAUUGCCGAAAAUUUAUGCCAUAACACCUACCUACGCCCGGCCGCAACAAAAGGCUGAAUUGACAAGACUGUCUCAUAUAUUUAUACUAGUUCCUAAUUUACACUGGAUUAUAGUGGAAGAUUCCAAUAAUUCAACUCAACUUGUAAGAAAUUUAUUAGAAAAAUCAGGUUUAACGCAACGGUCCUCUAUGUUGCACAUAAAAACACCAGCUGCCUUUAAAUUACAAAAUAAAGAUCCCAAUUGGAUUAAACCACGCGGCGUAGAACAACGCAAUUUGGCAUUAAAUUGGGUGCGUACAAAUGUCGAUCCUGAUAAGCACAGUAUUGUCUAUUUUAUGGACGACGAUAAUGCUUAUAGUGCGGAAUUAUUUGUUGAAAUGAGUAAAACUAAAACGGGAUGUGUCUCAGUAUGGCCUGUCGGCUUAGUAGGUGGGUUAAUGGUAGAGAAACCUAUUUUAAAUACAGAUCAAACUCAAGUCAUUGGUUUCAACUCUGCUUGGCGUCCGGAACGGCCAUUCCCCAUUGAUAUGGCUGCUUUUGCUAUCAGCAUAGAUUUACUGUUUAAAUUCCCUCAGGCAAUAUUUUCUUAUGAGGUCCAACGUGGCUACCAAGAAACCGAGAUAUUAAGACAUUUAACGACACGACAACAAUUGCAACCAUUAGCCAAUCAAUGUCGUGAUGUAUUGGUUUGGCAUACACGAACCGAAAAGACUAAAUUAACAGCCGAAGAAGCCUUAAAUAAGCAAGGCAAACGUUCAGAUGACGGCUUAGAAGUGUAAAAAUCAAAUUAACUUUC